CUACGGAUCUGCCAGGACCUAUGGGCAGACGCAUCAGUUGGAGUUGAAUUGACGAUCAGAUCGCUUACAGGAAGAUUCUGCGGGCCAGGACAAAAAGAAACGGGAUUUGGAAGCGAUCGGAAGCGAGUUUUUAUUGCUUGUCAUUGUGUCAUUUUCUGAGUUCGUGAAGAUCCCUUCUCAGGAGAUGGCCUUCCCUCAGCUCGGGUACCCUCAGUAUCUAAGUGCGAGCCAGGCUGUUUACGCUGCCGAUCGGCAGGGAGUGCUGGCUUCUUCCCGAGGAGGAGCCGAGCUUGGGGCUAAUCACGCCGCUGCUGUAACCUCCGUGUUGGGAAUGUAUGCAAACCCUUACACAGCCCAGAACUACAGCGCUUUCCUCCCCUACACCACCGAUCUCACCAUGUUCUCCCAAAUGGGUUCUCAGUACGAAUUGAAGGACAAUCCCGGAGUUCACCCGGCCACGUUUGCUGCCCACGCGGCCCCUGCCUAUUACCCCUAUGGUCAGUUCCAGUAUGGAGACCCAGCCAGACCCAAGAAUGCAACCCGGGAGAGCACAAGCACUCUCAAAGCCUGGCUCAAUGAGCACAGGAAGAACCCCUACCCCACCAAGGGGGAGAAGAUCAUGCUGGCCAUCAUCACCAAGAUGACCCUGACCCAAGUCUCCACUUGGUUCGCCAACGCCAGGAGGAGGCUCAAGAAGGAGAACAAGAUGACCUGGGGUGCCCGGAAUAAAGAAGACGACAGUACUCUCUACGGCAGUGACACAGAGGGGGAGAACGAGAAAAAGGAGGAGGACGAGGAGAUCGACCUGGAGAGUAUCGAUAUCGACAAAAUCGAUGAAAACGAUGAGGAGCAAAGUAACGGAGAGGAAGAUGAAAAACUGAACCCCAGUGGUGAGGGAGAAAAAGUGGAUUUGGAGAGCGGGCACGAUCGGACUUUACAAGGGUCCGUUGUUGAGAGCAAAGCAAGAGAGACGGACAGAGUGGAUGGGAGUGUUGCCGAGAGCAAUGGCACCAGGGGGAUUUCAUUAGGGCAGGGGAAUUUGCUAAUCCCAAAUCACAGCAAACCGAAAAUCUGGUCCUUGGCAGAGACGGCGACCAGUCCAGACAUUGCCCAGAAAUCUUCGCCAAACAGCCACACGCAGCCGACCAUUCAGCACCCGGCUUUUCUCUCAAACCACGGACUCUACACCUGUCAAAUCAGCAAAUUUCAUAACUGGACGAACGGUGCUUUCCUGGGCCAGAACUCUUUGCUGAAUGUCAGGUCUUUUCUGGGGGCGAAUCAUCACCACCAUCACCAUCAUCCGCAGCACUCGCAGCAGCAACAGUCUACUGUGCUAACGGCGGCCCUCGGAGCAGUAAGCAAUGAAAAAUCAACAGAUAUACCCAGUCCAAAACACACAGAUAGAGAUUGUAUUCCAGGCGAAUCUCCAUCACAGCAAAUUAAAAUAUCAUUUCAACCCGUAAACGAAAGCUCACGGCCUCAGCAGGAAGGGACAAGAGUUUUAGCAGGAAUCUCCUCCGUCUGAGAAAGUUUCAUGGGGCAAAAAACGAAAAGAAAGAAGAAAACUGAAAAAAAGAUUUUUUAGGAAGAGAACAUUUACUUCAUCUUUUUGUAUUGCCAGUAUUUGGACAAUGCAAAAAGCCUUUCAGAAACCUGACAAAUAUAUAACGAUUUAUUUGACAUUGUAACAUAUCAGCACGUGUUAUUCUAAUUGAUUUUGUUUCUUGACGCGAUUAUUAUUGGUUUAGUAAUUAUUUUCCCACGUCCAAUAUUUUAUGUAUAUAGAGUGAUUAUAAUUGUAAAUAAGCGUGUGAGCAGAAUUUGUCAAAUCAUAUAUUUUUGUCUAAUAAACUAAAAGAUAUUAGAACGA